CUCGCGCUCUUCCGCUUUUUCCGCUUGCCUUAUAUAGGAACCGUUUUACUGACCGGACUGGAACGUAUAUUUUCACUGUUGAACGUUUCCUACUAUACGUUUGUGCAUUUCAUAUAGGCUACACUGCGCUAUAAACUCCUUCUACGCUACAUCUGGAGAGAGAAAAAAAGUUAAUCUAUCCUUCUGAGAACAAAUGGGGCAUGCCAGGGUUUUGGUGUGUUCCUGUGGCUUUGGAAAUUGACUGAGCUUUAUCAGACACCUUGUCUCCGAUGGAGCAAAGGAACUAUCUGAGGCGUAAAAGCAGGAUCCCAGCAUUUAUUCGCAGUGGCUGCACAAGACAUCUCACAGAGGACGCCUGUGACACAUCAAAGUCACUGCAUGGCCAGGACGCUAAGGACUUCAACAGAGAGAGUGGUGCUAGCAAAAAAACUGUUACCAUGGCACCUACUUCUAGGUACAUGACAGGCAGGAGCUUGUACAUGGCCCGAAAGCCACUGAUCUCAACAGAGCACCACAGUUCAAUCCUAAAAAAUCCUCUCGCACAUGAGUACUCUGAAAGGGUUCAGUUGAGCAAUUUGGAAAAUUCGCAAGACGAAAGGACAGAUACUAACAUUUUGGAAAGCACAAGUGAUCCACAGAUCACUGUUUCUUCUCUUUCAGCAACCAGGGAAGACCUUUGUGCUUCCUUGAAUUUGUCAGAGCUCAGGUUAUAUUCUUCUCAUGGAGAACCUAAUAUCAACCCUAUUCAUUCAACAAAUAUAGUUGAAAAUAGGAGUCUUUGUAGUUCCCCUUUAGAUGAUUUGAGCCUUACAGCCCCAUUAAGUCCAAAGUGGACUUCAACCCAGCGGAUUUUACCUUAUUCAUACAAAUCCCAAACUCAUACCUCCAAAAGUACAAAUACAAGAGCAUACCAGCAAGAGAGACAUUCCUUUCUUGACACUGGUUUCUCAGUGAGUAACAGCAAGAGGUACCCAUCUGAAUCUAAACGAAUGUCCCACUGUCAAGCCAAUUACUGGGCUUGUGCUAUCCCCAGUACCUUACCACCUUCUUCAGACCGGAAGUCUCCCAGCUGGGACCCUGACAAAGAGUAUCAGACCCUCCUGGAUUAUACAUACCCUCUAAGGCCCAACAUGACCAAUGCCUGGAAUUCAAACAAACACAGGUUGCAAACCGAUCAACCUUUACAUGACUCUGGCAUUGAAGUGGACAGUUUUCUCAGUUCUUCUAGUCUUUCGUUUUUGGACCAGCCUCUUUCUGGAAUGAGGCAGGAUAGAUCUGGUCCAGCUUAUAAUCAAACAUUUGGAUUUCAAUGUCCUAAUCUGAGGGAACUGCCACAUUCCAAGUCAUCAGACCUCAGGGUGUCUACAAGUCUAAAUUCCUCACUGGAACAGGUGGGUUUAUCAUUGGAAAGUCUGGAUUGUGGGAAAGACAACUUUCGUUAUAAGAAAUUUGGCAUCUUUUCCACAUCCAGGUCAGCCCCGACCUUUAUCAGGACCACAAGCAUCUUACCCCAUCUGGGGUCACUUGGAGAGUGGGAUGAGGAGUUUCUCCAGUUGCCUGAACAGCUACAGGAGAUUCAAGAUCUUUCUCAGAAACUAAAAGACAUCACAGUACAAAUAAGUCAGCCAGUCACCACCAACUGGGAGCCUCUGCAGAGGGAGCAUGCUUCUUCAUCACUACAGGUGGAUGAACAGGCACCUGAGGUCUCCAGUGUGCAAGGGUCUACUGAAGAUGUUUCUCUCACAGCGCAGAUGAAAGGACUGGAUACUAGAGCACAGGUAAUCAGCCAUCAGAUGACGAAUGUGGAAGCCAUUGUGGAUCAGCUGAGUGGAAUGUCUUCAUAUGAGUUUAAGAGGGAAAAGGAGACUGACAAGGGGGUGGAAGACACCCAGGAGUCCCUCAUGCAGCACUUACAGAUUUUCUGCUCAAAUUUACAAAAACUGAUUCAGUGGUUGCACAAGGUGGUGGAGAAGAUAGAUGUCCUUUCUCCUCCUUCAGUGGACAUCGAGAGUGUUAAAACCUCUCUAGCUGACUAUAAGAGUUUUCAGGAGGAAGUCCAAGCCCACAGGCCACUUACUACAUCUGUCCUCCAGACUGGAGAGAUGCUUUUGUGCUGUAUGAACUCAGCCUCUCCCUUUCUGAAGGAUACACUGAUGCUGAUAGAGAGGCAGUCCCAUGUGUUGGAGGCUCAUUCAGAGCACCUCUUCUCCUCAAUCUUAUCCACCAUGGACUGUCUCACUGAACCAAACUCUCAGGACAACACAGAAGAAGCAUCAUUCAGCAGUCAGGAUCAGUAAAGUACAGUGUACCAGUGUCCUCAGUUGGAUGUCUUUCAGGACUUUUGUGUACAGGGGCUACAGAUUCAAAGCAGUAAUUCUAAGUGGAUGAUGAUGAUGUAUUUAACACUGGUCAGUUACUGUACAGUUAUGGUUAAUAAUACAGAUCACUAAUAGUAUCAUAUUUUGCCAUAAUUACAUUUAUGCUUAUGUUGUGCAUUACACUUUUAAACUUUAUUAAACUCUAUUAUGUUAUACUUUUAAAACACUUGUAUGUCGACUGUUACCACAGAUGCACUUUUAAUUUUGCACAGGACUUUGGAUAUGUUCAGUUACAUGUACUGUAUUUUGCUUCUUGUAGUACUGAAAAAGGUCACUCAAUGUCAUAAUAGUAUUAUUUUGCAACACUUUAUUGUUACAGUGAAAUACUCUUGUGUCCUGGUAGACAUCAGGAUCUCAGGUUAUUAGGGCUAUUCAUUAAGUUUUAAUAAGAGCUCACUGAUCCUCAAUAGCAGCUCUGCAGCUUUAAUUUCUACCUGAGCAGAAGGUUACACGGUGCACUGUGUCCAGGCUGAACAGUGGGUGCCUAUUUAAGCCCCAUGAUCUAAGCACUAUAUAUUAUUAUGUAUAGUAUUUCAGCUGAUUCUAAAGAGACUGCAGUAAGGUUUUCAGACACUCCAUGUUCAAACAAAGAAUCUAUUUUUGGACUAUGGUCUAAAUAGGAAAUGUCUUUGGUUGCGGUUUUCUAUUAACAAGUGAAUAAAUUUUGUACAACCCAGUUUUCCGUC